AACGAUGAUACCACACGAAAUCUUAUCACUUUUCAUAACCUCUGUCUAUGAGUAUUUGAGUCUUGUUCAUUCAAAUCUCUUAGCACAAGAAGAUCUCACACUUUGUUUAAUUUUCAUCUAUGGCAGAAUCAAUUCUGUUCAGCCUUGCAGCAAAUAUUGCAACCAAAUUGGGUUCUUUAGCACUCCAAGACCUUGGAUUGCUGUGGACCGGUAUCCAUGAGGAGAUUGACAAACUCAGAGACACUCUUUCCGCCAUCCAAGCAGUACUUCACGACGCAGAACAGAAGCAGUACAAGAGUUCUGCUGUGAAGGAAUGGGUUUCAAGGCUAAAAGAUGCUUUCUAUGAUAUGGAUGAUUUGAUGGAUGAGUUCUCCUAUGAAUCCUUUCAAAGACAGGUUAUGACCAAACAUAGAACCAACAACUGUACCAAACAAGUAUGUAUUUUCUUCUCAAAAUCUAAUCAAAUUAGAUUUCGUUUGAAAAUGGUUCAUAAAAUAAAAAAGAUCAGGGAGAAACUCGAUACUAUUGAUAAGGAUAAAACUCAAUUCAAUCUUUUUGAUAAUACAAGGGAGAUACGAAAUGAUGAAAUGACACAACGAUCAGAGACUUGCUCUUUUAUACUUGAAGGAGAAGUAAUUGGUCGAGAUGAUGACAAGAAAUGUAUUGUACAUUUUCUAUUGGAUACCAACAUUAUUGCAAAGGAAAAUAUUGUUGUGGUUGCCAUUAUUGGAAUGGGAGGAUUAGGAAAGACUGCCCUUGCUCAAUCUAUCUACGGCCAUAUGAAGGAAAAUAAACAUUUUGAAUUGACAAUGUGGGUGUGUAUUUCUGAAGAAUUUGAUGUCAAAGUAAUUGUUGAAAAGAUCAUAGAAUCUCUCACAAAAAAGAGACCUGAGCCCAACCUUACACUCGAUACCUUACAAAGUAUGCUACGAGAGAAAAUUGAUGGAAAAAAAUACUUGCUUGUCAUGGAUGAUGUGUGGAACGAUGAACGGACGAAAUGGAUUAAUCUAAAAAAAUUUCUUAUGGGUGGAGCUAAGGGAAGUAGGAUUUUGAUCACAACUCGUACCCAUCAAGUUGCACAUAUUUUUGACACAGAUUUGUUCCAUGAUUUAAGUGAACUAGACAAGGACAACUCUUGGGAGUUGUUUAGAAAAAUGGCAUUUUCCAACGAAUCAGAGAUGCUUGAGAAUUCAAAGUUGGUCGGGAUCGGUAAGGAGAUUGUGGCAAAGUUGAAAGGUUCUCCUCUUGCAAUAAGAGUAAUUGGAAGCUAUCUGUAUUCUAAAAAGUCAGAAAAGGAUUGGUUGUCAUUCAAGGAGAACGAACUUGACACAAUCAUGCAACAGAAAAAUGAGAUUCAAUCCAUACUAAAGAUCAGUUUUAACCACCUCUCAUCCAGUUUGAAGCAAUGUUUCACCUAUUGUGCUUUGUUUCUUAAAGAUUUUGAGAUUGAUAAAGAUGAUUUGAUAAAACAAUGGAUGGGAGAAGGCUUCAUUCAACCACAUAAUAAGAAGGCAAUGGAAGAUGUUGGUGAUGAAUAUUUCAAAGAACUCUUGGGAAGAUCAUUUUUUCAAGACAUAAGUAAAAACCAACUGGGAGAGAUCAUGAAGUUCAAGAUGCACGACUUCAUGCAUGAUCUUGCAUGUUUUGUUGGAGAAAAUGAUUAUGUGUUUGCUACUGAUGACACUAAGUUCAUUGACAAAAGGACUCGACAUUUGUCAAUUUCGCCCUUCAUCUCAAAGACAAGAUGGGAAGUCAUUAAAGAAUCAUUAAUAGCGGCAAAGAAUUUGAGAACAUUGAACUAUGCUUGUCACAAUUAUGAUGGUGAUGAAAUCGAAAUCGACUUCUCUAAUCAUUUGCGGUUACGAACAUUGAAUUUAAUAUUUUCUACUCAUGUUCCCAAGUGUAUUGGUAAGAUGAAACAUUUGAGAUAUAUUAAUUUUACUCGGUGUUAUUUUGAUUUCCUUCCCAAGGUAGUUACAAAACUGUACCAUUUGGAAACACUUAUCUUUCGUGAAUGUUUCAAGCUAAGAGAACUGCCAAGUGAUAUUACGAAUUUGAUCAAUCUCAGGCAUCUUGGUAUUAACUCUUUAAUUGAAGGUUUAAGUUAUAUGCCAAAAGGAAUGGGUUCAAUGACUACCCUUCAAACAUUGAAUUUGUUUAUAUUGGGAGAGAAUGAAGGUGGUGAGUUAAGUGAACUUAAUGGAUUGAUUAACUUGAGAGGAUCAUUAAGUAUUCAACAAUUGCAGUUCUGCAAACCCAUUGGUAUAGAAAGUGCUAAACACCUUGAAGAAAAGUCUGGAAUUCAAAAGUUAAAAUUAUAUUGGUAUCACUUGGAAAGGAAAUAUGAAAUUGAUGAUGAAGAUGAGAAAGUUUUAGAGUGCUUGAAACCACAUCCAAAUCUUCAGAAAAUAGUCAUAAAUGGAUACGGUGGAGUGAAGCUAUGUAAUUGGUUCUCAUUUGAUUAUAUUGUCAAUUUGGUCAUUAUAGACCUUUUCAACUGUAAUAAAUUGCAACAGCUCCCUCGAUUUGAUCAAUUUCCUUUUCUCAAACAUCUUAAGCUCCAAUAUUUACCAAAUGUUGAGUUUAUUGAUAAUAACGAUUCUGUUUCUUCUUCGUUAACAACUUUCUUUCCCUCCCUUGAGAAACUGAGAAUCUUUAGGUUACCUAAGUUGAAAGAAUGGUGGAAGAGGAAACUCAUCGAUCAAACUAUUCCACAACAUAGACGUUUGGAAUCAUUGAACAUAAGUGGUGUUAGUUUGCAAGUUUUUGAGUUGGUAAUGGAAAUGGCUACUACAAACAUUAUUGUUGGAUCACAGGAUUCUUCUUCUUCAACUACAUCUAUAUCAUUAUCUUUUCUAAGUAUUGAAGACAUUGAUUUUGAGUUUUUACAAUUCCAUGACUUAUUCUCCAAUAUGACACAUCUUAAGUCUCUUUGGAUAAUAAAUUGCAAGAAUAUAAAAAUGUCUUCUUCUCUUGAUGCUGUGACAUGGAAAGGACUUGGAAGUCUUCGUGAACUUAUGUUGUCCAGCAUCCCUGAUUUGGAAUAUUUGCCGAAGAGUUUGCAAUGUGUGACAACUCUUCAAAGUUUGCAAAUAUAUAAUUGUCCAAAUUUGGUAUCUAUUGAAAGUAUUAGGCAUCUCACCACUUCACUAUCAGUAUUGGAAAUUCAUGGUUGUCCUAAUAUAACUUUCUACCCUCACGAAAUGAGUCAACUCGCUUCACUAGCUAUCACAUUUCAGAAUCGUGGUUGGUCGGAUGUAAGAGGCAGAUUCUUAUUUGCCUAAGGUGAAGGAAGGAAAGAAGAUGACGAUCAGAAACAAUUUGGAAGAGAUGAACAACAUGAAGGAACGACUCAUUGACUUGGGUGUGAUCACUUUUUCAAACUAUCUUUAUUUUAUUAAUUGUGUUUUCAACGAAAUAUCUUUAUAUUUUUUUCCUAUUAUUACUUUGUCAAAUUGUUCAAUUAUUUAGUUGGUGUGAUUUUGUACGUCUUCUUAUUGUAUUGUUGUUGGUGGAGAUUUUGAAUACACUCACCUGGUUUUCACUCCUUUGUCUUAUAUUUGUCUGUAUAUAUUCUUUUUAUGUUUGUUUAUAA